AUGGGUAAAGCCCGACAUAAAAUGGCUGAAGCAACCAACAGACAGAUCAGAAGUAGCAGAAAAUGCAAUUCUAAACAGACCGUAGAGAAAUCAAAUGAACAUCCUGAAUGGUUACCUGAUGGUUGGCAUGUGGACUUCAGAACUCGAAAAAGUGGUGCAUACAUGGGAUGUGGGUACAAGUGUUACAUUGAUCCAAGUGGACUCAAAUUCUACUCCAAACCAGAGGUGUUACGAUAUCUUGAGACUAUGAACAGCAACAUUAACACUUCUAAGAAGAAAAAGAUAUGCAAAAGCAAUGAUGUAGUUGAGAAGUCCACUGCAGAGGAUUUACCACCGGGGCAGAUAACAGAAGUCAAGAUAAGGAAGGGCAAUAAUGGCUAUAGGACAGAUCCGGAUGUGGUGGAGAAGUCCCCAGUUGAGGAUUUACCACCUGGAUGGAUAACAGAAGCCAAGGCUAGGAAGGGUGGUACUGGUAAUAAGAAAGAUCUGGAUGCAGUUGAGAAGUCCACCAUAGAGGAUUUACCACCCGGGCAGACAAAAAAUGUCAAAAUUAGGAAGGGCAGUAAUACCAAUAAGAUAGAUCCGGAUGGGGUCGAGAAGUCCCCAGUUGAGGAUUUACCACCUGGGUGGAUAACAGAAGCCAAGGUUAGGAAGGGUGGCACUGGCAAGAAGAAAGAUCUGUUUUAUUUAGAUCCAGUGAGUGGAUAUGUAUUUCGCUCCAAGAAGGAUGCACUGCGCUAUGUUAAUUCUGGAGAUAUAGAUGCGUGUGUACUUAAACCAUAUAAAAGAGAAAUCCAAGAUGAAGACAAAAUAACUCCAUCAUCUACUGGCAAAAGACAGAAACUAAAGCAGACUACAGUGAUGGUUGCUCCUGUUCUCCCGGGUGAACCUGUUCUCAAGAGACAACCGUUAGAUAAUGCAGCUGCACACACUCCUGAAAUGAUAAAAACAUUUGAUUCAGAUGAUGUGCUGCAGAAGAAACAUCUUGUAAAUAUGCUGGACAAUGCUAGUAAAAAGAAUCAGAGCAACAGUAGUUUAUCCAACAUCAAGGAGUCAAAUGUGGCUCGCCGUUUUUCACGGAGACUUUCUAGGGCUGAACCUGACAACACCUAUGUGGCCAAUAAUGAACAGGCUCUUCAAGUUCCUGAAAGAAACAUGGAAAAAAGUAUAAGUGUUUUAGACACUGAUUUGACAAAUAAGUCAUAUCAGCAGCUGAAUGGUUUCCUGGAAAUUGAGCAUUCGCAUGAAAAGCAAGCAGAGGUACUAUUGAACUCAAACAAAUCCAGACACAAGAAAGAGCUACAGAUUUUUUGUCGUGCUUCAGAACGAUUAGCUGGAUUUCAACCCAAGCCAAUGAGCAACUCCAUUUCCCACAAAAAGGCUCCCGAAUAUAGAAGUAUAAAGUCGAAAGGUGAGGUCAAAGCAACCUUGCAGGAAAGUGAGGAUCAGCCAGCUACGGAGCUGGCAGAUCAUGCAUCAAUAAAUGGAGAGUCAUCAAAUAAAGGCAGAAAACUUCCUGAAACCACACCCAUAACUAGCAAUCAACUUAAGAAAUUUGAUGUGGAAGAAAUGAAUAACGAUGAGAAAUCAGAACUUGAGCAAUCCUUUGCAUUUCAUUAUUCUUGGUCUGACCCAUGCUUAGAAUUUGCAAUUCAGACUCUCACAGGUGCAUUACCAGUUGAAGAUUCAGUUGAUAAUGGACAUGCUAGGAUUUCUGAAUCUGAUAUAUCACCCAAAAAUAAGUUGGUUGAGAAUGUUAAAGGAAGCAGCAGUGACGAAAUCUCACGUGUAAAUUCAAAGAAAUCCAAUAAUAAUAAAGAGCUUACAGUGCCAAGACGGUUGUCAAAGCGGCUUGCUGGCGACGAACCUGAGGUACUGCCUACUGAAAAACCUGUUGAAUAUGCCCCUCGAAAAUCGUGCAGUGACAAACCAGCUACUACUGCGAUUUUAACUAAUGGAGUGUCUGGGCAUCUUCAUGCCAGUGAAGAAUCCAAGCUUGUUGUCCAGGCAUCGGACAGGUUGAAAACAUGUGGUGAAUCGCUGAGCAAGAGUGAGAAGUCAUAUGAUAACCUAACGGUUCCCAAUGAACAAUUGCAGAGGCAUGAAGAUGAAAAUGUUGAUGAGGACAGAUCAGAUUUACAGUUCCCCACACCUUUUGGGGACUCCUGGUCAGAUCCUUGCCUAGAAUUUGCAAUUAAGACUCUUACUGGUGCUUUGCCAGUUGAUGCACCAGCCGCUGACAUUUUACCUGCUGUGACUCCUGAUGUUAAUGAUCCCCCGAAUAAGGAGUCACUUGAUAGUAUGGAACAGAUAAAUAUUAAUGCAGAAAGUCGUGAUAAUCCCUACCAAACCCAUACCAAGAAAGACUUUAAUACUGUUUGCCAGACAUUGGAACAAGUCUUGAACCAGCCUGAGGUGAGGUCCUGCUCCACAGCCUGUGCAAAUGAUCCUAAAUUUGAAACUGAAGAGUCUUACAAGGAUGGAGACAGUAUAAUAAAGAAUUAUAGUGGAAGAGAAUCACAACGUAUUAAAGCUGGGAACGCAUUAGAAAUUGAUAUAAACAAAACAAUACUUGAAGAAGAGCCACAACCUGAAACAAUAAACCAUGAUAACUCUGAAAGAACAUUCUGUGCUUCAUAUAUGGAUUCUUGGUCAGACCCAUGCCUAGAGUUUGCAUUUAAUACUCUUUCAGGCGCAAUACCAGCAAAGGAAAAUGUAACAAUUCAAGCAUGUUUCCAGGAACCUGCCAAUAGCCAUGGCCAAAGAGGAGGUGGCUCGACAGUGCCGGAAUUUGGAUUGUCCAGCAUUUCUCAUAGUGGUAUCUCAUUUCACAAUGAUGUAGGGGAUAAGUCCAAGUCAGUGCAACAGUCACCAGUGAGUUCUUCUUUCCCACCCCUGGGAAAACAAGGCCUGAACGGUUUCUCGGGGGUUGCUCCUCAAGGACAAUACUUUCAGAAUAGUAAUAAUUUGCAGACAAAGUGA